GUUUGAGCCCUUUUUCUUUUUUCCCUGCGCUGCAGCUCCGUCACACUCUAGCCUUAGCCAAUGAAUAAUCGCCGUUUCAAUUUUUGCUCAAUUUUGCCCUGAAUUUAGUCUGUCAGACUGACAGCGUGCUCGUUUUCUCACACUUUAUGCAAAAUGUCAAGCCAUGUGUCCUCUGUUAAAAUCUUAAAGGUGAUCUGGACUGCAUUUCCCACCUGUUAACGCCUUCCUUUAGAGUACGAUGGGCUGGAUUUGUGCCUGAGAGGCAACGAUGAGGGUUAAAUCAUGCUAAUAUUGUAGCUUAGUCAUUGGUUGACGCAGUCCUGGCGCGGUAUUGUAAAGUUUACUGAGAGCUCAAAGCUAAAACAGCUACUUGGAUACUGAAGUCUUGAAUAUGUUUCUAUGACAUCAACCACGAUCGGUUGCAUAAAGGUUAGCUUAAACACUGCUACACAGUCACAGACGUGCUCCGGUGAAAAUUAACUAAAGGUUUGUUUUGGUCGGUUUCGAGUUGAAGCUAAGCUAAAGGGAGGCGCGCUGGGUUGUCGUUUACUACCAGCUGGAAAAAAGUGCUAGCAGCACUGACAGCUGAAUCGAGAUGAGUGUUUCACGGGAAAUUAAACAGCUGCAGAAAGCAAAGAGCAAAGCCCAGAGCAGCAACAACUUAAAGGAGGAAGCCAACAUCUGUAAUCAGCUAGGAGAGCUGCUGUCCAGGAGCGGUGAUUAUCAGGCUGCCAUUAGGGAGCACCAGCAGGAGUUGGCUCUCUCUGAAGUGUUAAUUGAUGUGAUUGGACGAGCUGUGGCCAAUCGUAAGAUAGGAGAGUGCUUUGCAGAGUUGGGCAACAUUGAGGCAGCUUUAAAACACCAGCGUCUUCACCUGGACCUGGCUCGAUCUGUCAGAGAUCAUGCUGAAGAGCAAAGGGCGCUGGCCACUAUCGGUCGGACCUAUCUCUUCCGUUAUGAAACGGACCAAUCGAGGAAGAGCUUGGAGGAAGCAGAGGAGGCCUUCAGGAAGAGCUUGGGCAUUGUGGAUGACCGGCUGGAAGGGACUGUGCCACAGCGAGAGAUCAAUGAGAUGAAGGCGCGUCUCUUCCUCAAUCUGGGUCUGGUCUGUGAUCAUCUGGGCGAGCACAAACGCUGCAGCGAGUUCAUCCGGCGAAGUGUAUUUAUUGCCGAGAAGAGCCAGCUGCUGGAGGAUCUCUACCGUGCAAACUUUAACCUGGGCAACAUCUACUUCCGUAACGGUCAACGCUCUAAUUCGGUCCGCUGCUUAGAGCAGGCCAAAGAGUGCGCCCGGAAGAUUAAAGACAAAUUUAGUGAGAGCGAGUGCUUUCACUGCAUCGGCAAGGUGCAGCUGUCUCUGGGUGACUUUGUAGCAGCGCGACGAUCUCUGAAGAAAGCGGUCUUGCUGGGUUCCCAGCAGCCGCUGGACAGACAGACUGUGAAGAAAGCUUUCAAAUAUGCUGACCGAGGCUGUAAAUUAGAGGAAGAGCUGGGGGAAGAUCAGGGCAAAAAACCCAGCUCCCAUCAGGCUGUCGAGUUGGCAGAGCAGCUUGGGGAUCUCUGCUGUAAAGUUGGCUGCUACAGCAAAGCUCUGGAAGCUUAUCAAGCUCAGCUAAAGGGUGCUGAGGCGUUGGGAAAGCCUGCCAGGGAGCUGGCUGUCAUCCACGUGUCCCUGGCUGCCACCUACGCAGACCUGAAACAACACAGCAAGUCGGUGGAGCACUACAGAAAGGAGCUGGCGUUACGACAGGGCAGCUCUACAGAGGAGUGUAGCACGUGGCUAAACAUCGCAGCAGCUCAGGAGGAGAGCGGCUGUGCUUUGGAGGAUGUGGAGAGGAGCUACAAUACAGCUUUACGCUGCGCUCAGGAGUCUGGACAGGCCAGACUGCAGAAGCGCGUGUUGAGGCUCUGGCUGGCGUCCCAGAGACGAAGCGGCUCAUCGGAUGCUGACAACACCGAGGCGAGGCUGCAGGAGCUGUGUGCUUCGGAGGGCUGGAAUCCAGAUGGGAGUGAUGGUGAGGAGGAAGAGGAGGAGGAAAUGGAGAACAGCGAACCGCUGGAUGACAGUGAUGUCAUCCUCUCAGACUCAGACGAUGAUCUGGAGGGUUAUGACAAGAUGGUGUCAGGGAGGAGGAAAACAGGACGGUGGAACAAGCGGAACGAGAAGGGAGAGACGUCUCUUCACAGAGCAUGCAUAGAUGGGAAUCUGAAGCAGGUCCAGUACCUGGUAGAACAGGGUCACCCAGUGAACCCCAGGGACUACUGUGGCUGGACUCCCCUCCAUGAAGCCUGCAACCAUGGUCACUAUGAUAUCGUGGCUCUUCUCUUGGAGCACGGCGCUAACGUUAACGACCCCGGUGGCCCUUUAUGCGAGGGUGUGACUCCUCUCCACGACGCCGUCGCAUGUGGCAAUUUAGAAGUCACAAGGCUCUUGGUGGAACGAGGGGCCUGUGUCACACUGCGCAACUCCAAGGGUGAAACUGCUUUGGACACCUUGCGUCAGUGGCAGAGGACCUACAGCAGGGAGCUGGAUCAUGAGACCAGGCAGAAGUGUAUUGCUACAGAGAGACUUCUGAGGAAGGCGCUAGCAGGAGGAGUGCCUGCAGCUCCGGCCCCGGCCAAGCCUUUUGAUGCCCUGCAGGACAGCCAGCUGUUUGAUGCGGAGAGUUCUGAGCCACUCUCGUCCACUGGAGGGGGCUCUUUCUCCCGCCAAGACUGGCCGCGAAGCAGGAGCUCGGAGGUGAAAGCGUCAGGCGCCAGCCGCAAACAGCGGCAGACCAAUGGCUCAACACAGCGGAACAGAGCCAGGGGAACAGAAGCUGCUGUACUGUAUGGGAUUAAUAGCAGCAGCUCAGAUGACAGCGAGCCUGACACCCCGGUUAGUCCUCUCCGUCCUGUCCGUCCUAGACAAGGUUUCCCAGCAGCUCAGAGUCAGAAAGAACCUCCUGCGAACAAAGAAGCUGCCUCAGUUCCCACCUCAGGACAGGAAGGCAUCAGGCAGGCCUCUACGCCGUCUGUGUUUGCCCGAGAAGAGUACCACAGUGCCAUCAGAGGCUUGGGCAGCGCCAAAACACUUCUCCAGGGUCUCUCGCAGCCUCAGCUUUCCAGCACACCUGCCGUUUCUUCCAGCACCAAAUCAGCUCUUGUUCCCGAGGACGAGUAUCUGGCUGAUGACUGGUUGGAAGACGAUUUGGUGGAGAUCCAGCCGAAGAAAAAGCGGAGGCUUUGGAUGGAGCAGAAUGGGCCAAGAGUAGAGGAAACUGCUUCGUCUUCUGCAGCUCGAAGUCAAAACAAGCAUUUAAACUUGGACACAACCUGCAGAGGAUCUGCAGUUUCCUCCCUCUCCAGUAGAGGCCUCUCUCAGAGAAAGAACAGCUUGGGGAAGCCUCACCAGGUCAAAAUGACUCAGAUACCAGGUGUGGCCAGACUGGGGAGAAGAGAAGUCAACCGGUCACACAGUCCCACCGUUACAGAAGAUGAUGAUUCGAGAUCAGACACACCGCCCCCACCUCUCCUUAUCCAUGCUCAGCCUCCAACUCAAACUUUGGUUGCUCCUAUGCCCACGUCACUUCCUCCACCAAUCAGAAUGAGGGUCCGGGUUCAGGAAGACGUCUUCCUGAUCCCAGGUCCACAAAGUGAGGCCAACUCCUGCUCUGUGUCGUGGCUGUGUGAGCAGGCAGCUCAGCGUUACUACCAGAAAUGUGGCCUCCUGCCUCGUCUCUCUCUGCAGAAAGAAGGCGCUCUGCUCUCCCCGCAGGACCAGCUACUGGCCGUCCUGCACACAAAUGAAGAGGUUCUGGCUGACGUUUGCUCGUGGGAUCUCCCUGCUCUCCCUGAGCGAUACAAGAAGGCCUGUCAAAGUCUGGCAGUGGAUGAGAACAAGCGUGUCUCCCGGCUAUGUGAGGUUCGGGACCGGGGUUCCUCCGUGCAGGACUCCAAGUGUCUCGGUUUGGCCGCCUCUUCCCUCGGCCCGCUCCUCCGUGCCCUAAAACUUCAGGCCAGCCUCACGGAGCUGCGAAUUUCUGGAAACCGUAUGUCUGACGACCUUCUCCCUGAGCUGAUUGCCACAACGCUCACCAUGCCUCGUCUGCAGCUGCUGGACAUUUCUGCCAACUGCAUUACAGGGGACGGCCUGGAGAAGGCUGUAAAUGCUUUAAAGGGACAGAGUGCACCUGCAUUCCCGUGCCUGGAGGAGCUGGACCUCAGUAUGAACCCACUGGGGGACGGCGUGUCUGAGUCUCUGUCCUGUCUGCUGUCCUGCUGCCCUGUGCUAGCCAAGCGGUCUCUGCAGGCCUGCGGCCUCACUGCUCGUUUCCUUCAGCAGCAUCGACUGCUGCUAGCCAGCGCGCUCACAGGCACAGGCCAUUUGAAAGCAGUGUGCCUGUCCCUCAAUCCCCUGGGCUCCACCGGCUUUGAGCUGGUGUUAAAGACUCUGCCCCUCCACUGCCUCCCACACGUGGACCUGUCAGCUGUCUGCAGAGGGCCUGCUGAUUACCCGGCACUGGAACACCUCGCCAAAGUCCUGUCACAGGACGAGUGCUCUCUGACCCACCUCAGCCUGGCUGCAAAUGGGCUGACAGACAGCAGUGUAGCUACCUUGGCGAGGUGCCUCUCGUCGUGUCCCACACUGGUGAGUCUGAAUCUGUCAGGAAAUCCGUCUGUUACAUCAGCGGGACUUCACAACAUCCUGGCGUCUGAGAGAGAGGCCCGUCGACCACUGACACUUCUAAACCUCGAAGGUUGUCAGGUCUCUGGCCCCUGGGAGAGUCAAGACCUGGACAGUUUGUCAGAGCUGGUCCAGGAUAUCCGUCUUUGCUCUCAGGCCCUCAACAAGCUGGACCGACAGACCUUGAAGCAGAGCUGGGACAGGACUCAGUCACACGGACACUUUCUCGACCGAAACUCCAAGUGCCUCCUCUCUGCCACCUCUACUUGAGGGUGGCAGGUGUGUUCAUAAUAAAUAAUUAAUAAUGAAUUAUUAAUUUCAUAAUAAUUCAUAAUAAAAGUGGUCAUUUUUAUAAACAUUUUGUUUAAUGAGGCUACACCAAAAAGAAACAAGAUAAAAACAAAAUAAAGUGACAUGGCGUCCACCGACAGUCUGUGGAUAGCUUGUGUUUUAUGCAUUUUUGUCUGCCUUAUUUAUACAUGUAAAGCUCUGUAUCUGUAUAAAGAGUUUGUGUUAGUGUGUGAGAGGUUGAUUUAAAAAAAAAAAAAAACCCAAACA